UGUUGCUAUGGUAACGUGACGUUCAGACCAACAAGCAGACACUUUUGCGAUAUGGCUGACGUUAAUAGGCUUCUACUUGAAUUUAACCUAACUUUUGUUCAGUUAAAAGUAUAUAUGAGGUAACUCUAACUUACUGGUUUCCCUGAAGCAAACGUUUGGAGAUACAUUUGAUGAUUGAAAUGUGACUCACCCACUUAAUAAGGCAACAUUAGCUUGAAUAUAUUCUUGUUAGCAAAGUUAGCUAACUAGCCAGUUCUGUAAAUAGCAUUUCGGUGAGAACAGCACUUUGGUGAACUGUUGUUCACGGCACUCAUUAAACCACUGAGUCAUUUAAGCAGUGAAAUGGCUAAUACAGGGGUUUGCAGCCAACGCCGUAAUACCACAAGGACAGAUCUCAGUUUGCUUCUUGAGUGUCUGAAGUUUCAGAUGAAAUGUCCCGAUUUGCAAAAACAAGCUCUUCUCACCAUUCACUCAAUCUGUGAAAAGAGAGAGGACAAUGUGGACCUGUUGAGGGAAAUGGGAGGUGUCUCAUUUGUGUAUAACCUCUCCAAAUCCAGAAUCAUCCGCUCCGAUGUUAAGGAGACAGCCCUCUUCACGCUUGCCACAUUAGCAGAGGCCAAUGUGUAUUGCAAGAAUUAUCUCUGCAGAAAGGAGACAUUUGCAGACCUCGCUGGUUUGUUGCUGAAAGAAGACAUCCCGUUGACACAGAAGAGAGUGUCUGUGUAUUUGCUGUCCAUGUUGGUGGCCAACAAUAAAUCAGGACAGACAUUAGGUCAAACAACUGGCUGCCUGGAUAUUCUAUUGGACCUCUUCAGGACCACUUGCCCUCUCUCUAGAGAUGCUACUGUGAGAGCUGCUAACGCUACUCAAACCUACCAGCUUUGGGCAUCUGUGUCUAGUGCUCUCUGUGGAUUUGUCAACAACCCUCAAAAUGACGAGGCUCAGCGUGUUUGUGUGGCGGCCUUUGCCACAAUAAAAGUCUGGCUUCAGCAGAUGGCUCUGCCACGCACUGAGAUUUUUCAACCAAUAUGUUCUUUCAUAGCAAUGACGGUCGCCAACAACUCCUGUGUUCAGGAGAGUUUUUAUGGCUCCGGGUGUCUGGAUACUCUCGCUCUUGCACUGAUUCGUCUAGCUUCAGCAGCAGAUACAAGCUCGAUGUCUUGCCAGCUUGCCGUCACUAUAUCGAAGACCCUUUCAGCUUCCAUCACAGAAAAUGCUUCUCUGGCUUGGGGUCUUUCUCGGUAUGGUGUGGUUCCCCACCUCUUCUCCCUGCUGGCUAGCCCACACUUGGACCCCGAGGACAGGCUCUGUGUUUUGCUCACUCUGGGCCGCUGCACUGAGGCCUCUGAGGAGCACCAGUCCCAGUUGCUGCAGUGUGGAGGUCUGCCCCUUAUCAUAACCCUACUCACAGAAGAUACAAGCGAGGAGGUUAGGAAGGCCGCUACCUUCAUUUUGCAGACCUGCAAACAGGCCACCAUGUCCCUGGAAGUGCCUGGUCUGAUAGGGAGCCACGAGGAGGGUGUAAACACGGAAGGCUUCAGGGGCACAGCCAGAGAGUUGCUGUGCAGGAUUGACCUGCUGGAGAAGAAACAGGACAAGCAGGAGACCAUUAAAAGCAGUCACACAGCAUGCAGACAGGCCGACACUCGUGAGCAUGUGGAAGCAGGGAGUGACAGAAACGUAAAGCAAAUAAGCUCCCAUUUAAAAGUGCAGAAAGAGAAGGCUAAAACCGGUGGAGGGUCCUUGUGGUGUUCUGUGUGCAAUGGUACUGGAUCCCUGAUGCCUUCUCACCUGCAGUCACUAGAGGGAGACCCGGAGCCUCGCACAGCAGACAAUCAGUUGUUUAAGUCUCCAGCGUCAGUCAGGCACAGUGUACCCAAAGAUAUCCAAUUUUCUGAUGACGAAGAGUCAAAGGACUGUCAGUUAGGUACGGUGGGGAAAAUCCGAGUUGAAGAAAACUCGCUGUCUCGUGUCCGGUGUGCAGUUUGCGUGCUGCCUUUUGAAGAAGUGACCAGUCGCACUUUUGCGUCACUGCAAAGCUCCUGUCAGCACAGCUGUGACAUACAUAAGGUACUCCAAGAGGCCACAGAACGGUUCAGGACUUGUCACUGCAACAUGCUGCUUAAGAGAGAGCACCAAGACAACAGUGAGCCGGCAAACCAAGAAUAUGACAGAGUUUCAGCUGCACAGCCAUGGUGGAGCUGGGAAGACAGGAGCGAGGUCCGCCCGACUCUCGUACAUAAGGGAGCAGGGAAAGGCAGGAGCUCCACCCCAGGGCGUCCCUGGAAGAAGCACAACGACAUCAGUUUGACUCCACUGCAUAAAGGAGCUAGAAAGGAGACAUUGACCACCUAUAAGACAGGGCCGGGCUUGAUUCCUCUGAAAGGGUCUCAUCUUCCGGAAGAAAGAAGAGUAGGCAAUACAAGUGGACAUCACGCUACGGCCGAUGGGCCGAGGACAAGCCCAGAUCACGAUUCCAAUAGAAGGAAGAGGGCCGACUUCAGCAGUGAGGAGGUGCGUUACUUACACAGCGGUGUGAAGAGAUUCGGUUUCUCCUGGAACUCCAUCUUGUGGUCGUACCCCUUCCAACCGGGACGCACCAAUGUUGACCUGGCCAAGAAAUACAGCCGGCUAAUGAGAGGGAACGUUUAGGAAUCUGGCUGUUUGGAGAUCGUUGGCACCCAAUUGAAUCACUCUCUUCACACUGUAUUUAUUGGAGUUUACCUAAUAUAUUAAUAUAACGCAUUCUCAGUAUUUAUUAAGACUGUUCUUACUUGGUACAUGGUGCUCUACUGCACUAAGUUUAACAUAUAUUUUGAAUUCUUGUCAGUUCUUUGACACAUUGUUGUUAAUUGUUUGUUAUAUAUUAAAAUAUUUUUGGGUCUAAGCUUCUUAGAUUGUCGGAAUCUUCUCUGUCGAACAGGGUCAAUUUUGCUAUCACCUUUGAGUAAAUGCUAUAAUAACG